AUGCGCCCGUCAACAUCAGCGCUUGCGUUUAUGCGCCGCCCACGCCCACACACCCACCUCCCCACGCCCUUCCGCGCCUCCUACACCACCAUCACCACCACCACCGCCGCCCACGCCGCCGCCGCCCACGCCGCCCCCGGUCUGCGCAGCCUCCCCGCGUGGUUCGUCCGCGGCGGCACCUCCAACGGCCUCGUCCUGCGCUCCGCCGACCUCCCCUCCUCGCGCUCCUCCUGGCCCUCCAUCCUCGCGCCCGCCAUGGGUUCGCCCGACCCCGUCCACGCGCGGCAGCUCGACGGCAUGGGCUCCGGCGCCAGCUCCACCUCCAAGCUCAUCGUGCUCUCCCCCAGCACUACGCCGGACGCGCACGUGGCGUACACGUUCGUGCAGGUGGGCAUCCGCGACGGCACCGUCGACGUGGCGGGCAACUGCGGCAACAUGUCCAGCGCGGUCGGCCCGGCGGCGUGGGACAUGGGAUACGUGGACAGGAGGGGGCUGGUGAGCACGGAGGGGGACGGCACGCGCUGGGCGACGACGAGGCUGCUGAACACCAACACGAACAAGAUCGUGGAGGCCCGGUUCCGGGUGGGAGGCGGGCCGCGGAUGGAGUACUGCCCGACGGGGGGGUACGAGAUGGACGGCGUGCCGGGGAAGCAGUCCCCGGUGACGCUGAGCUUCCUGGAUCCGGCGGGCGCGGGGACCGGCCGCGGCGCGCUGCCGACGGGCCGUCCGGUGGACGAGCUGCGGGGCGGCGAGGGGGCGACGGUGCGCGCGUCGCUGGUGGACGUCGGCAACCCGGGUGUGUUCGUGGAGGGCCGCUCGCUGGGCUUGGAGGCGCCGCCGAGCCCGGCGGAGGUCGAGGCGGACGCGCGGCUGAAGAGGAGCCUGGAGGCGCUGAGGCGGCAGGGCGCGGCGAUGAUGGGGAUGGACCCGGACACGGAGAGCGUGCCCAAGGUGGUGAUGCUGUUCCCGGCGGACGGUCAGGGGGCGGACCUGUGCUGCCGGGCGAUGAGCAUGGGGCUGGCGCACAGGGCGGUGCCGCUGACGCUGGCGCUGUGUCUGGGCGCGGCGGCGCGGACGGAGGGCACGCUGGCGUGGGAGAUGCUGAGGAGGAGGGCAGGGAGGGGGGUGGAGGGCAGGGAGGCGGUGAGGAUCGCGCACCCGAGUGGCAUGGUGGACGUGGAUACGACGGUGGUGGACGGGGAGAUUAAGGCGGCCAAGUUGCUGCGGACAGCGAGGGUGCUGAUGAAGGGGGAGGUGUUUUACUAG